GUAUAACACUAACCUUUUUCCGUUCGCAGUUUUGCAAUAGACGAAACGUUUGGCAGUAGAAUCGGCGUAAUAAAUACACUCCAGUUUCAGUGACACGUCAUUUUUGUGCGGCGCCUGACGGAAGCGACUUAAAUCUUGAUUCUCUUUGCAUGUUUUGGCGAUUUUUGUUCAUAAGAAAACAUGUCCAACUCGGUAAUUUCAGUUAUUUCUCGAUUCUUGGAGGAAUACAGGACCAAAACAUCGAAUAAAUUGAAAGUGGUCGACGCCUACCUUUUCUACAUCUUGUUAACUGGUGCAUUGCAGUUUCUGUACUGCUUGCUGGUUGGCACCUUCCCUUUCAACAGCUUUCUGGCCGGGUUCAUAUCUUGUGUUGGAGCCUUCAUCCUGGGAGUCUGCCUGCGUAUCCAGAUCAAUCCAGAUAACAAAGGAGACUUCCUGUCCAUAUCCCAGGAGAGGGCCUUUGCCGAUUUCUUAUUAGCCCACACUGUCCUGCACCUCGUGGUCAUUAAUUUUAUUGGUUGAGAAACUAAUGAUUUGAACCCUCAGACCAGAUUAACAACAGACUUGAACAAAAUGCACCUGUCACCUCAAGACAACAUUCAUACAAUAAGAUUUUGCCACCCUAAUUUACCCUAACUGUAAGUGCAUGGGCCGAUCGAUAAUGACUAAUAAUACCCACAUCUUCUACACAUUUCUGUCACUCAACUGUCAGUUUCUCAAAUAAUUAUUUUGUACUAUUUGUAUGAUUGUUGCAAUCCACUUGAGAUUGUUGAAAUAAAAUAAAAAUAAUUGUUGAAGAGA